CCUGACCAUGCUCAUGGCAGGCAGUUCAAGAAACUUUCCGCAGUUGAGCUUUCUGAUAUUGGCUGUUGUGUUGCCCUGGCCAGUGGGGCGAUUUUGUUGCAACAAACAGAUAUUAGCCUAAUCUAUCACAUGAUUCGUGGUCAAGGGACAAUCAAGCUUUAUGUGGUUUACAAUGUGUUGGAGGUUUUUGAUAGACUAUUCCAAAGCUUUAGUGGAGAUGUGAUGCAGACUCUUUUUAAUACAGCAGAAGGGCUUGCAAAUAGCUCAACGGAAAAUAUGCAAUUGUGGAUGAGAAGAUUUAUUAUGGAUGAAUUUGUAGCUGUGGCUUCAUCAAUUGUUCAUUCUUUCAUCUUGCUAGCUCAAGCCAUCACUUUGUCAACCUGUAUAGUUGCCCACAACAACGCAUUAUUUGCUUUGCUUGUAUCAAACAAUUUUGCAGAAAUAAAGAGCAAUGUAUUCAAACGGUACAGCAAGGAUAACGUUCACAAUCUAGUGUAUUAUGAUUCAGUGGAGCGGUUCCAUAUUUCGGCAUUUCUCUUAUUUGUGUUAGCUCAAAACCUUCUGGAGGCAGAUGGACCUUGGUUUGAAAGUUUUCUUUGUAAUGCAUUUGUCGUCUACGUAAGUGAGAUGACAAUUGAUAUAAUCAAGCAUUCAUUCAUCGCAAAAUUUAACAAUAUUAAGCCGAUUGCCUUUUCAGAGUUUCUUGAAGAUCUCUGUAAGCAGACACUGAAUAUUCAAACGGACAAUAUGAAGAAUAACCUCACUUUUGUUCCUUUGGCACCUGCUUGUGUGGUAAUCCGGGUGCUGCGUCCUGUGUUUGCUGCUCAUCUUCCCUAUAAUCCGCUUCCUUGGAGGCUCUUUUGGAUUUUUCUUCUGUCUGCAAUGACAUUUGUCAUGCUUGCAAGCCUUAAAGUAAUGAUUAGCAUUGGCCUAAAAAAGCAUGCGAGGUGGUAUAUAAACAGAUGCCAGAGGAGAAAACUUCAUAGCGACUAAGAUACUAUAUCUUGGUGAAGCUGCAUACUUUGCUAAGAUAUACAGAACUCCUGUUUAUGAGAAGAGAAAAGAGGGAUGGCCAGAGGGCGGGG